AUGCCUUUCGCACUGACCGGGACUUCCGAAUCAGUGAAGGAUAAAAGAAGCUACAAAGAAAUGAGAGAGCUGCUGCUAUUGCAUAGACGUUAUGAGGAAAAAGCUGUACGUCUGUUUAGAAAGGGAUUAUCCGGUUCAAACAAAACUGGCGAGAUACGAGACACGAAAAGACUGUCUAGCACAAACACUGCAACAGAUCUGAAUGAACCAACAAAAGCGCGUGGAAAUCAUAAGAAAAACUCAACGACACCUAAAAACCCACCGAAGUCAUUUCACCUGAAUGAUAAAGACUAUCUGAAGCAGCUUCUUCUCAAUAGUGGGGGAAACGUUAAUUUUUCUGACCGUUCAGUGGCACAGAGGCACUGGGAUGUCACCAGCACUCGCGCACAACUACGACUGCCAAAAUUAGACAGCAUACCGCCAGAAAAUAAAGAAAUAUUUUACACAGCGCUUCCCAAAAUGCCUCCGCUGCCGAAGCUUAAGGACAGAAAAUCAGAGCCCUUAAAACGGGACAAAAAGAAGAAGCGAAACAGGCAUAAUUCUAGCCAAGAGAGAAACACGUUUUCUUCGCAGGCUUGUUUAAGUGUUAGGCAGUUGCCUAGAGACCAUUUCAUGCUUCACGACUUUGGAAAUGGAGGGAGCUCUUCUUCGAAGACAUCAACGUUACCGGCCUUACCUCGUAUUUCAUUGUCACGAGAAAUGGACCUAACGUCUGAGGCAAUAACUCAUGAAGAAGGCAAUCUUUGGCUUGUUCCUAUUGUAAAUAUCGAAAUUCCUCGAUAUCGCUUAGAAAAAUGGGAUGAACUUGAAAACGGAAGUCCAACUACAACAGAGGAGGAUAAAUUCAAAGCAGUUCAGAUUAAAGGAGUAAGCUCUGAAAACAGAGCAAUCGAAGACCAGCAGCCAAAAUAUAAAAGGAAUGUCCAUUUUAGUGAAUUUUUACACGAAAUUCAUCUUUAUUCUCCUAUUUCAACAGCACACAGCGCGAGAUCUAUGGAAGAUGUUAAAAACAUAAAUUAUGAAUAG